CGAAAAAUUUUAAUCGAAAAAUGGCGACUAUUCAUAUACGCAGCGGGAAAAGUAAUUUAGAUUGUAAUAAUAGAAAACUUAGUAAUAUUCAAAGUGUUCCAUUUAAAAUACACGCUGAUUGUGAUGCCAAUGUAAAUAAAUAUUUUAAUAACUACAUCAAAACUGAUGAAAAAGGACAAACCAGUGCUUCUUUUCGAGGAUACCCCUUGAAAGGAAAACCGUUAGGGCUACCAGAAGGAUAUGUUGGUGUUGUUUUACACGAGAGUGUUAAACCAGAAACAGAAAAGUGUGAAAGAAAAUUUUAUGUUACCUAUAAAUUUUCAAAAAUACAUUACUGGAACUGGGACAAAGCCCCAUCUGAUAAUGAUAGCAUAGUUCAGGCUUUACAAUGGAUGGACAUAGCAGAAGCGCUUCAUAGUCCAAUUUUAGAAGAAUGACUUAUCAACAUGAAUGUUAUUACCUCCCUUAUUUUUUACUGUGACAGCACGACUGAUCUAAAAUGUGCCUUAGAAAUAGUUGUUAAUAUAUUUGUCAGAAUAUUUUUGAUUAGGAAAUAAAAAGAUG